AUGUCGAAGAAUCUCGCCGAUCCGGUUGCGUUCGCGAAGGACUUCCUCGCCGGUGGUAUUUCAGCCGCCGUCUCCAAGACCGCGGUGGCACCCAUCGAGCGUGUAAAACUGCUCCUGCAGGUGCAGCACGUCAGCAAGCAAAUCGCAGCGGACCAGCGCUACAAAGGUAUCGUUGACGCUUUCGUCCGCAUUCCCAAGGAGCAGGGUUUGCUCUCAUUUUGGCGUGGUAACCUCGCCAACGUCAUCAGGUACUUCCCCACACAAGCCCUCAACUUUGCCUUCAAGGACAAGUACAAGCAGGUGUUCCUCGGUGGUGUAGACAAGAACACACAGUUCUGGCGUUACUUUGCCGGUAACUUGGCGUCGGGUGGUGCAGCCGGCGCCACCUCGCUGUGCUUCGUAUACCCUCUUGACUUCGCCCGUACCCGUCUCGCUGCAGAUGUCGGCAAAGGAGAUGGACAGCGUGAAUUCCGCGGUCUCGGCAACUGCAUCACCAAAAUCUUCAAGUCUGAUGGGCUGACGGGUCUGUACAGGGGUUUCGGUGUGUCGGUACAAGGUAUCAUUAUCUACCGUGCCGCCUACUUCGGUUUCUACGACACUGCUCGCGGCAUGUUGCCUGAUCCCAAGAACACGCCUAUUGUCAUCAGUUGGGCUAUUGCUCAAACCGUCACCACCGUCGCCGGUAUCAUCUCGUAUCCCUUCGAUACUGUCCGUAGGCGCAUGAUGAUGCAGUCUGGCCGCGCCAAGACCGACAUGCUGUACAAGAACACAGUACACUGCUGGGCAACCAUCUUCAAGACUGAAGGAGGAUCUGCUUUCUUCAAAGGCGCCUUCUCAAACGUCCUCAGAGGUACUGGUGGUGCCUUCGUGCUUGUCUUAUAUGAUGAAAUCAAGAAGCUACUCUAA